CAGGAGCCUGUCGGAGGAAGAGGAAGAAGGGGGUGGAGAGUGUAGGGGACGGGGCUAGAGGGCAGGGGACCGAGACCGAGCGGGGCGGAGAAGGGAAGGCGCCGGGCCCGGCCCCUCCCCCGCCCGCUGCCCACCCUCCCGGCUGCGCCUCUGUUCCCCAGAACGGCGCUCCGCCCGCCCUAGCGGCCAUGCCGGGGCCUCGCUGCCCCUGAGGGAGCCCUUCCCCGCCAGUGCUGGCCCUUCCACUCCCGCCGCGGGGUCGCAGCGGGCCGCCCUCCCGCCGGCGCCCCCUCCUCGCGGCCACGCCGCCGCCCCCAUCUCGCUCUCCCCACCCAGUGCAGUGGCCGCCGCCUCUUCCGCCGCCGGGCUCGGGGCCUCCGCAGCGACAACAUGGAGGCCGUGAAAACCUUCAAUAGCGAGGAUUGUGCCUCUACUCCUGCUUGUACAGACUGCUUUUCCAGCAGCAUGGACACAAGAAGCAUAUUGUAUUCCCUGAAUGACUAUAAACCACCCAUUUCUAAAGCGAAAAUGACCCAAAUUACUAAGGCAGCCAUCAAAGCUAUUAAGUUCUAUAAACAUGUGGUACAGAGUGUAGAGAAGUUUAUUCAGAAAUGUAAACCAGAAUACAAGGUACCUGGACUUUAUGUUAUUGACUCUAUUGUGCGACAAUCCCGACAUCAGUUUGGUCAAGAAAAGGAUGUGUUUGCGCCCAGAUUUAGUAAUAACAUCAUUAGCACUUUCCAGAAUUUAUAUCGUUGCCCUGGGGACGACAAGAGUAAAAUAGUGAGAGUAUUAAACUUGUGGCAGAAGAAUAAUGUAUUUAAGAGCGAGAUUAUUCAGCCUCUUUUGGAUAUGGCAGCAGGGAUACCUCCUCCAGUUGUCACACCUGUUUUGGCUGGUACUACUGCUGCUAUGAGCAAUACUCCAGGAACUCCGGUGACACCUGUUACUCCAGCCAAUGUGGUCCAAGGCUUACCUGAUCCAUGGGUAUCUCAGAUAACAAAUACAGAUACACUUGCAGCAGUGGCUCAGAUCUUACAAAGUCCUCAAGGCCAACAGCUCCAGCAGUUAAUACAAACUUUACAGCUACAACAGCAGAAGCCCCAGCCUUCCAUUCUACAGGCCCUGGAUGCCGGUCUUGUCGUCCAAUUGCAAGCUCUUACAGCACAACUUACAGCUGCAGCUGCAGCAGCCAACACUCUUACUCCCUUAGAACAGGGAGUCUCUUUUAACAAGAAGUUGAUGGAUAGGUUUGAUUUUGGGGAAGAUUCUGAGCAUAGCGAAGAACCAAAAAAGGAAAUUCCAACUUCUCAACUUUCUCAUGUUUCAGAAUCUGUGAACAAUUCCAUUUUUCAUCAGAUAGCAGAACAACUACAACAGCAAAACCUUGAACAUCUCAGACAGCAGCUCCUGGAACAACAGCCUCAAAAGGCCACUCCUCAGGAUAGUCAAGAAGGAACAUUUGGGUCAGAGCAUUCAGCUUCACCAUCACAAGGGAGCAGUCAACAGCAUUUUCUUGAACCUGAGGUCAAUUUGGAUGAUUCCAUAGAUAUUCAGCAACAGGAUAUGGAUAUAGAUGAAGCGCAAGAUGCAGUGGAAGAGGAGAUUUUUGAACAAGAAACUAAGAAAGUGGCGGUUCGCUCAAGAUCAAGAACACAUUCACGAUCUCGUUCAAGAUCACCAAGGAAACGAAGGUCUAGAUCACGGUCAGGUUCUCGAAAGCGUAAACAUAGAAAGCGAUCACGCUCCCGCUCAAGAGAAAGAAAGAGGAAAUCAUCACGUUCAUACUCAAGUGAAAGGAGAGCCAGAGAAAGGGAGAAAGAACGACAGAAAAAAGGAUUACCUCCAAUUAGAUCUAAAACAUUAAGUGUAUGUAGUACUACUCUCUGGGUUGGUCAGGUGGACAAGAAGGCAACACAGCAAGAUUUAACCAAUCUAUUUGAAGAGUUUGGGCAAAUUGAAUCCAUCAAUAUGAUUCCGCCCAGGGGCUGUGCUUAUGUUUGUAUGGUUCAUCGACAAGAUGCAUUUCGAGCUCUUCAGAAACUUAGUUCUGGAUCAUAUAAAAUUGGGUCCAAGGUCAUUAAGAUUGCUUGGGCUUUAAACAAAGGUGUAAAAACAGAAUACAAACAAUUCUGGGACGUGGAUCUUGGGGUUACAUAUAUACCGUGGGAAAAAGUUAAAAUGGAUGACUUGGAAGGUUUUGCAGAAGGAGGCAUGAUUGAUCAGGAGACUGUAAAUACUGAAUGGGAAACUGUGAAAAGUUCAGAACCUGUUAAAGAGACGGUCCAGACAACUCAGAGUCCAACUCCAGUUGAAAAGGAGACAGUGGUCACAACCCAGGCAGAGGUUUUCCCUCCACCUGUUGCUAUGUUGCAGAUUCCAGUGGCUCCAGCUGUGCCUACAGUUAGUUUAGUCCCACCCGCAUUUCCCGUGUCGAUGCCGGUUCCUCCUCCUGGAUUCAGUCCAAUCCCUCCACCUCCUUUUCUACGAGCAAGUUUUAACCCUUCACAGCCACCACCUGGUUUCAUGCCACCUCCAGUUCCCCCACCUGUUGUACCACCCCCUGCGAUUCCACCAGUAGUACCAACGUCUUUAGUGCAGCCGCCAUUAUCCAUGACCCCAGAAACUGUGAAAGAUGUUGGAUUUGGUAGCAUUGUUAUACCAGGUGGUGCUGUUGCCAGCAGUCUUGCUACUUCCGCUCUGCCAGCUGGAAAUGUUUUUAAUCCUCCAACUAAACAAGCAGAGCCUGAAGAAAAAGUACCUCAUCUUAUAGACCACCAGAUUUCUUCUGGUGAAAACACCAGAUCAGUGAUUCCAAAUGAUAUUCCAAGUAACGCUGCAAUUUUAGGAGGCCAGCCACCAAAUGUGACAAGCAAUUCUGGAAUUCUGGGAGUCCAAAGACCAAAUGUAUCGAGUAAUUCUGAAAUUCUUGGUGUCCGGCCAUCUAAUGUUUCCAGUGGUUCUGGGAUUAUGGGAGCCCACCCACCAAAUAUUCUGAAUAACUCUGGAAUUUUGGCAAUACAGCCACCAAGUGUGUCGAGUAGUUCUGGACUUUUGGCAGUGCUACCCCCAAAUAUACCUAACAAUUCUGGACUUAUAGGAGUACAGCCACCAAAUGUUCCAAAUACUUCUGGACUUCUGGGAACACAGCCACCAGCUGGACAUCAAAAUUUACCCCCUUUAAAUAUCCCUAGUCAAAGGAUGCCUGCAAUACCAAUGUUAGACAUUCGUCCAGGACUAAUACCACAGGCACCUGGACCAAGAUUCCCUUUAAUACAGCCUGGUAUACCACCCCAACGCGGAAUCCCUCCCCCAUCAGUACUUGAUGCAGCUCUUCAUCCACCACCCCGUGGACCUUUUCCUCCAGGAGAUAUUUUUAGUCAUCCUGAAAGACCUUUUCUAGCUCCUGGAAGACAAAGUAUAGACAAUGUUACUAACCCAGAAAAAAGGAUACCACUUGGGAAUGAUAACAUUCAACAGGAAGGAGAUAGAGAUUACCGUUUUCCUCCUAUAGAAAGCAGAGAAAGCAUUAGUAGACCUCCCCCUGUGGAUGUUAGGGAUAUGGUUGGGCGUCCUGUUGAUCCAAGAGAAGGUCCUGGAAGGCCUCCAUUAGAUGGUAGGGAUCAUUUUAUAAGACCACCUGUAGAUAUAAGAGAGAAUCUUGUGAGGCCGGGUAUAGAUCAUCUUGGUCGAAGAGACCACUUUGGCUUUAAUCCAGAGAAGCCCUGGGGGCAUAGAGGAGAUUUUGAUGAAAGAGAGCAUCGGGUUCUACCUGUCUAUGGUGGUCCAAAAGGCUUACAUGAAGAAAGAGGUAGAUUUCGGUCUGGAAACUAUCGUUUUGAUCCUAGAAGUGGUCCUUGGAACAGAGGAUUUGGACAAGAAGUUCACAGAGAUUUUGAUGACCGCAGAAGACCCUGGGAGAGGCAAAGGGAUAGGGAUGACAGAGAUUUUGAUUUCUGCAGAGAAGUGAAUGGAAAUCGUCUUGGACGAGAUAGAAUUCAAAACGCUUGGGUUCCCCCUCCUCAUGUUCCUCGGGUUUUUGAUUAUUUCGAAGGGGCCACUUCUCAACGAAAAGGUGAUAAUGUGCCUCAGGUUAAUGGUGAAAAUACAGAGAGACAUGCUCAGCCACCACCUUUACCAGUACAGAGUGAUCCUGAACUUUUUGAAAAACUGACAUCUUCAAGUGAGAUAAACAAGGAGAAGAGUGACACAGUUGCUGAUAUAGAAAGUGAACCAGUGGUAGAAAGCACAGAAACUGAGGGGACAUAAUCAUCACUCAGUAGGGGCAGAGCAUCUUUGACAGCAGAAUGCAAGAAGGCUUCCACCAUGGCAACCCGAAGUAGUCCUAGAAUGUUCUAAAUGUUAAGGACUUGGUGAGAAACCAUUCAUUCAUUCCGCAAAUAGGUCUGGAGUACCCAUCACAUAUUGCAAGCAUUUCAGUAGUCUUGCUAGUUCUACUCAAGUGACAAAAACAUACAGGAAAAAGUAAAAUUGACCUAAUGCCCAUUCUGUGCUGGUAUGGAUGGUGUUAGACAACAACUUUCAACAUUAGCAAAACUGGCAAAAACGAUACAGGUUUUAACUGCCUCUAUUUGGCUUCACGCAGUAGCUGAGAGCUGUAAAUAUGACCCUUGACUGUCCCAGACACCAGAUGACCAGUUACUUGCACUGUCUCCCUGUCCAGUCCUUUUAAAGCUACUGUGCUGUCACGUGGGGGCCUGUGUGGGGACCUCCCUGGACCAGCACGUAAGAAAGGUACUUGACUAACCGCGUUUCCUUCCUGAGAGGUGAGUGCACUUGUCGGUGCUCUCGUUUCCGCCGUAUUUCCUUGCUUGUCCUGGCGACGAUUCUAGUAAUGCCUUUUGCACGUGCACCUGUUCUCUCUAACUAUCUGCCUCUUCUUUCUUUCUCACCCACAGAAGGUAAAGAACAUCUUUCCAAGCCGUCUAGGCAUUCCUCCAGUAACUGUGGGGUGCCUGUUCGUGACACUACACUGGUUUUACAGUUGAUAGAAGGUUGAGUAAGACCUUAGUCCCCUAUCCAUAAAGCUCAUGGUCUCAUAGACAGGGUGAUUUAUAAACCACAAACGAUAAGACGAGGUAGAAAGUGUCAGAGUAUAAGAGAGUAUGUAAGUGUCAGAGUAUUAUACUAUAAGAGGUAUAGUAUAAAUAUACCUAUUUCUUUUUCCUUUUCAACUGAAAAAAUGCGUUAGUGAUAGAUUUUCAGACUUUCUACGUUAUUUGAUAUAUAGUGUAGAAAAAGGAAAUGUUGAGACUAUAAAGAAUGAGCACAUGUUGGCCAUCAUUUGGGCUUUAGGCUUUGUUCAUGUAUCUGUUCACCCAGCAAAUAAUUGAGUGGCCGGGCAUUGUGUUGGGUGCCAGAGACAUGGAGAAAAGGCCCUCGCCCUGCUCCAGUGAGAGGCUGAGGGCAGGAGAACAUGGGAUGCCACACGUGUGCACGAGUGUGGGACUCUGGGCUCCUUGUCUGGCGGCUGUACUUUUUUUUGAAAAGCUUUGUCAGGAAGGUAGUCUCAGGAUUUUUGAAGACUGUAGGAGACGUGAUUUUACAGAAAAGUAGCUGUGAGUGGUGAGGAAACUAAAGAAAACUAAAGGGACUUCUUGGAGAGGGUGAACAUUUCUGAAUUCUUUGAUUCAAAAUUUGCUAAGGGCAAAAGAUGAGGGAAAUUGGGUAAUUAUGGGAAAGAGAAUGAUGUAAAUAUAAUGUGAUUCUAAAUGUGGUUUUAAAUUUUUUUUAUGACUUUAUCUAUUGGGCUGGGAAAGAUUAAAUGCAGGUCACCUAUUAAAGAGUCUCAGUUAAGCUUUUUUAGAAAGUCAGACAGCAUUUUUCAGGACAUACUGCUUAUUAACCCUAGAUGUGGAAGACUUAUAAAAGGCAAAAAAUAUGAUGAUGCUUCACAAAACUGAAUCCCAGAAAAUCUUGGCUCCCCUUCUAAAAAUCUUGAAAUAAAAUGCUUUCUGGAACAUUAAUUGGAAGACAGCUUGCUAUCACCAAAUUGUUAGUCUGCGUUAGAAACUCAAAACUGCUAACAGAUGCACCCUGCAGAUUUUUAAAAUACGGAAUUAUUUCAACCAGCUGCCAAACCACUGAUCUAUAUAACUUUUUAAAAUAUGAAAUACACAUAUAAAUCUACAUAACUGUUCAAUUGGCAAAACUGUUCCUCUUUGUGUACUAUAUACCAUAAACAUCUGAUUUCCAAAUGGAGACAUGCCUUGACUAGGAUUAAGCUAUUUAAAUUAACUCAGUCUAUCUAAAAACCAUUUAGACUAAAUUCAGUUUUUAGAAAGAAGGGUUUAGGUUUUAGUCCUGACUCUCUCAUUUAACUGACAAUAUAACUGUGGACAGGUCUCUUAGCAUGCCUAAGACUUUUCCAUAUUCCUUUAAAACCAUAUUUCUAGUUUGUGCAUUUGAGAUUUGGACUGUGCACGUAUGAUCAAUAUAUUUUGUUCAAAUAUAAUUAGAAAAAACUCCCUAAGUGUUCACAUUAAUAGGGUAAUGAAUUGGCUAAGGCACGUGGGCCCAGGUCCACUCUAAGCCCAUGUACAUUAAUCAUAGUUGCUCCCAUGUAGGAGUUGAAUAGGGUGGGAGUGGUAAACAUAGUGUUACUGCUCACUUUAGGAGCUAGACUCUAAUCCUGGACACAUCUGCUGGUCGACUCAAAAGCCACAUCUAUCUGGGGUUUUGUUCAGACUGGGAGCACAGAGGGGAGUAGGCAGCAGAAGUUCCCUGGACCGGCAGUAGUUGUAGGCGAUGGAGACCCAAGUGUACCCAGACCUGUCCACACCCCGCUCCCAAUGCACCCAACUGGAUGCCACUUUAGAAAAUAAGCAAGUGGGCUGGGUUUGGUGGCUCAUGCCUGUAAUCCCAGUACUUUGGGAGGCUGAGAUGGGAGGAUUGCUUGAGGCCAGAAG